GACGCAGUUAGGAGAUGCUGUCUGGCUGACCAAAGCGCAUCUAAACCAGAGGAAAAGAAAAUACUUCGGAUAAAAGACGACCUGAGCAAAAUUCUUCCAAAACAGAAGAAAAGAAAGCAGACAACCUGACCAAAGCUCGUCUUAAACAGAAGACAAAACUUUGGAUUAAAGACGACCAAACCAAAGCGCGUCGAAAACAGAAAGGAAAGGACAAGAACACUUUGGAUAAAAGACGCAAACUUCCAUUAGAAGAAAGCAAACUUCUAAACUCCUUUUAGUACCAUCAGGAGUGGGAAAAGAAAGCGAUGGCCUCCGCGGCUUUGGAGCUCCUGGGUCUGAUCCUGUGCGUCUGCGGGACGCUUUUGGAGAUGGUGGCCUGCGGGCUGCCCACCUGGAAGGUCACCGCCUUCAUCGAGGCCAACAUCGUGGUCGCGCAGACCAUCUGGGACGGCCUGUGGAUGUCCUGCGCCGUGCAGAGCACCGGCCAGAUGCAAUGCAAAGUGCACGACUCCAUGCUCGCGCUCAGCCACGACCUGCAAGCCGCGCGCGCGCUCACGGUCAUCUCCUCGGUCUUGAGCGUGCUCGCGCUCAUGGUGGUGAUCGCAGGCGCGCAGUGCACAAACUGCAUCAAAGAGGACAACGUGAAAGCGCGGGUGGUGAACGUCGGAGGGGUGAUCUACAUCCUCAGCGCCAUCUUCGUGCUUGUGCCACUGUGCUGGAUGGCCAAUAAUAUCAUCUCCGACUUCUAUAACCCGCAGGUGCUGCCGGCCCAGAAGCGGGAGAUCGGCGCGGCGCUGUACAUCGGCUGGGCGGCCUCUGCGCUGCUGCUGCUCGGGGGAAGCAUACUCUGCUGCUCCUGCCCGGCCUCUGGAAGCUCCGGGUACUCGGUCAAAUACGCGCCCACUAAAAGAGCCACAUCCAACGGGGAAUACGACAAGAGGAAUUACGUGUGAAUGCUUGAGUGUGUGUGUGUGUGUUGCACAUGCAGAUGAAAACUCGAUGCUUUUUGCUGGACUCUACUUUUUUUGUUUUUGUUUUUAAGAGAGUAGUUCACCCAGAUGUGAACAUUUACUCACUAUUUACUUUACCUCAAAUGGUUUUUAACCUUUAUAAAUGUCUUUUUUCUGUUUGAACACAAAAGAAGAUAUUUUGAAGAAUGCUGUACUUAAAUGCUGUAACCAUUGACUUCUAUAGUACACUGUAAGAGUAUUUUCACAAGUGUUUUCCAUUUAUUUACGGUUGUGAAUUGCAUUAUGAGAGGUUGAUCUCUUGUCUGUCGACUUUAGAUGUUGAAAAUUCAACUCUACAGUUUUCCAAAGCGACUUUGAUUGGGAUUUUAGUAGUUUGAAAUAAUGUAAUGUAUAGGGAACAACAUAGAGAGAACAGAAAAUGUAUACUGGCAGGUUUUUGUAGCAUACUAUACAACAUCAACUCAGAUGAUAUAUCAAUUUAAACUGUUAUAAAGGUUAAAAAAAGUCACUUUAUUAAACUUUUCAAGUUUAAAAGU